AUGAAAUUGGGGAGGAAUUAAAACAGUCUGCUGCUACGUGUAAACAAAAGUGGCAAAGCCUCAGAGACGCAUACAGGAGGGCUUUGAAUAAAAAAAAAGGGAAAAGUGGGCAAGCCGCAAAGUAUAUUAAGCCAUGGAAAUACGAACAAGAAAUGGCGUUUCUAUCUCCCUUUUUCAUGGAAAGAAAAACUCAAGACUCCGUAGAUGUAGAAAGCGACAACGAGUCGUCCGAUAAAAUCGAUGAAAACAAUACCGUAGAAUUCACUGCUUCCGAAAAUAUCGGUAUAGAUAUCGACGACUGUCCUGCUAAUGUGAGUGACGAACAGGGCAUUCUUAAUGAAUCAAAGCAACAAAAAUGUGUCAAAAUCCCAAAAGCGGUAAAGAGAAGAGUUGUCCGGUCACAGCAAUCGGCAUCCGCUGUAUUAAUGGCAAAAUUACUGGAUCAACAAAAUAAAUCAGAGCCAUCCCGGGAGCACGACGAAAUAGAUCAUUUUUUUUUAGCUAUUUCUCAAACUGUGAAAAAGUUCUCACCAUACGUCCAAGCACUAGCGAAAAAUAAAAUAUUUUCGUUAGUGUCUGAAAUGGAACUGCAACACCUUGCUCCACCUAGCUCUUCUCAAUACUCCUCCAAUCCGUCCCCAAGUUCGGUUAUGUCAUUACCGACAAGUACUGAUACGCCUAUGCCAACAAGUCCGUACUGGAAUGAGCCGACUAGCCUAUCGAACAAUCCUGACUGGAAUGUUGAUACUGAAGACUACUAGUCUCAGGAAAAAAGUUAUAUUAUUUUUUUAUUCUCUUUGUUUAGAAUUUUUUUUUGUUUAUAAAGUAAAAUGUGAUAUAUUAUUUUUGGCUAAUAAGCUGUAAACCGCUAAAAUCAGUAGCUAA